CCAUUUCGUAUUGAAUUAAUGUUUUCAUCAUUAUAAUACUAACAAAAUUAAUUUUCUUAUUAGAUUAAUAACAGAGUUUUCUGUUAUCUUUUUUUUUAAUAUUUUGAAUGUGUUUGUAGACAACAGAAACAAUAUACAUUAGCAAUAAUAUGCUUGAACAAGCUCUUGACGAUAAUGUUUCUGAAAAUGAGGACGAAGAAAGCUUCUUUCUGGACGUAGAUAUAUUACAAAAACAUGGAAUUAAUGUAGCGGACAUAAAAAAAUUGAAAGGGGCUGGAAUAUGUACCCUAAAAGGUAUUCAGAUGUCAACUAAGAAGAAGUUAUGUAAUAUAAAAGGUUUUUCUGAGACAAAAGUCGAAAAGAUCAAAGAAGCAUGCUUAAAAGUUGUCACUUUUGGUUUCAUGACCGCCUUAGAAGUUAGCGAUCGACGAAAACAAGUAUUCAAAAUCAGCACUGGAAGUAGUGAGUUAGACAAGCUGUUAGCGGGCGGUAUAGAAUCGAUGGCUAUAACUGAAGUAUUUGGGGAGUUCCGUACAGGGAAGACACAACUAUCCCAUACUCUAUGUGUUACUACACAGAUCCCCAACGGCGCCUUCCAAGGGGGGAAGGUCAUGUUUCUUGAUACAGAACACACAUUUCGUCCAGACAGACUUCGUCCAAUCGCCGAUAGGUUUAAUCUGGACCAAAAUGGUGUCUUAGACAACGUAUUAUAUGCUCGAGCAUAUACUUCAGAACAUCAGAUGGAGCUGUUAGACUUUGUAGCUGCAAAGUUCCACGAAGAAGCUGGUAUAUUCAAGCUCCUCAUAGUGGACUCCAUUAUGGCAUUAUUCCGAGUUGACUUCUCUGGUCGGGGAGAACUUGCUGAUAGGCAGCAAAAAUUAGCCCAAGUUCUGUCCAAGUUGCAAAAGAUAUCUGAGGAAUACAAUGUAGCGGUCUUCAUUACGAACCAGAUGACGGCAGACCCAGGAGCUACCCUCAGCUUCCAAGCUGACCCCAAGAAGCCCAUCGGUGGUAACAUCCUUGCCCAUGCCUCGACUACUAGAAUCGCUCUCAGAAAGGGCCGGGGCGAGAACAGAAUAGCAAAAAUAUACGACUCGCCAGAUUUACCUGAAAGUGAAGCCACUUUCGCCAUUACUAACGGUGGAGUUGCGGAUGCUAAAGAUUAAUAUCACUUUUUUAAAUUAAAUAUUUUA